AUGAGGCACAAGGUUAGGAGCCUUCAAAAGGGGUUGAGUGCAUUAGAAGUCCUCUUUGGGAAAUCGAGUUCCCCAUCAGUAACCAGCAAACGUUGGGUUCCUCCGUCCAGCUUCAGACGAGAUGCGCUCACCCCAGAGGAAAGGCAUGACAUCGUUUUUCGAAAAGUUCGAGGGCUCCUCAACAAGCUCACUCCAGAGAAAUUUGAGAAAUUGAGCAGUGAUAUCCUUCAUGUUGGGCUUGAUUCACCAUUGAUCCUGAAGGGCGUCAUCCUUCUGAUAUUCGAAAAAGCCCUUGAUGAGCCGAAGUACAGUUCUAUGUAUGCACAGCUUUGCAAGCUGCUAUCAGAAAAAGCUCCAAACUUUGAUCCGCCUGACAAACCCUGCACAUUCCGGCGUUUGCUUCUGAAAAAGUGUCAAGAUGAAUUUGAGAAUCGCAGUCGACCUGUCUCUCUUAACUGCAAUGAACGACUUGGAGAAGAGGAGGAGGAGGAGGACUCUCGUGGUGCUGCAAAGCGUAAAAUGCUUGGCAAUAUCAAAUUUAUUGGAGAACUGGGAAAACUUGACAUGGUCAGUGAGGCCAUCCUCCAUAAAUGCAUCCAGGAGUUGUUGGAAAAGAAGAAGAAAGGCAUCAAAGAGGAAGAUUUGGAAUGUCUCUGUCAGAUAAUGAAAACUUGUGGUCGAGUCCUUGAUAGGGACAAGGCCAAGGCAUUGGUGGACCAGUAUUUCACUCGUAUCUCAGCUCUGGCAAAUAAUGCCGAGUGUGAAUCCCGCAUUCGCUUCCUGCUUCAAGACGUCUUGGAGUUGCGACAAAACAACUGGGUACCACGUGGUGUGGCAGCUGCAGCUGAACGGCCCCCAACAACAAUUCAGGCCAUCAGACAAGAGGCUGCAGUGGACACAGGGAUUCUUAUCCCGCCAUUCCACUCUGGUAGCUCCUUACAUCACCCCCUUCAACACCUGGGGAUAGGAAAUGCCCCCUUUCUCUUUUCACAUCCACGCUCUGGCUUGGAGGAUGUAUUUGGACCACCGACAUCAUUGCAUCUAGGCACUGGUCCAGGUGUUAUCAACACAGACUUCUCCUUCAGCAAUGGGUAUGGUCCUAUGACGGGCUCCUCACGGUCCAAAGUUGGAUUUGGAUCGGGUGGUGGUGGCAUUUUCCACAGUUCUCAACAGAAAUCUUCUCUAAUUCAGUCUUCCAACAUUCCAACCCAUGGCAACUUCUCUUCCACUGCCAAUAACAAGAAUUUGCCACCCCGACUCCAGAAGUUGGCAGCCCAGAAGCAUGGAAUCAUCCCAAACACAUCCUCAAAUGGCACAACAGCUCCAUCUCCACCCCCAAUGAGCUUCUCUAAUGAGGGAUCCAAAGAAGAUGUCUCCCUUCGCCCAUCGGCUCUCUCCAUGACAUUGAAACCGAUGCGGCCUCCCACUACUAGAUCUCCUCCAACUAUGGAUCUCCCAUUGAUCCCUGGAGGACCUCAUCCUCCAGUUCCUAAUCAACUGCCAGUUGCUCCUGCUCCACCUCCUGCUAUCCAGAUUCGCACUGCUUCCAAUGAUAAGUCCAAGAUUUCCAAGAAGGAACAAGGACCUACCAAAGAACAGCUCUUGAAUUCAUUGACUAACCUGGUCAAAGACUUCACUGGGAAUAUUUCCAGUCUGGAAGAAGCAGUAGCAUCCUGGAAGCAGUUGAAGGUUCCUGAAAAAUAUCAUGCUGAAGCUGUGAAGAAAAUGAUGUCUUUCAGCCUUGAUGCAGAAUCUACAGCUCAAUGUUUGGUGCUAGACUUGCUGCAAGCAUUGAAAGACGAACUCCAGGUUUCGACAACACUUGAGGGCCUACGUUUGGCUCUGGACAAUCAGACAGAUUUGUCAUCAAAAUGGGGACCAAUCAUUGGGGAAGCUAUCCAAAGAGAUCUUGUGUCUCUGGCAGAUGCAGCUUCUCUUCUUCUCUCUCCCUCUGAAGAGAAACUAAAUGAAGAAGUUCCGAUUCUCAUUGUUCUUGCACACCUCAUGAAUACACAAGGCAAGGACUGGGUAUUGGACAGAUACAACCAGAGUGAGGUGAAUCUGCUGAAGCAUUUGCCCAUUGGGCAGAGGACUGAUGAGCAUUUGGCCAAGCGUCUUGAGGAGAAAGGAUUGAUUUUCCUCCAGCCAUUGCUCCGCAUCCAAGGGGACCUCACACGUGCUCUGCAGACUGAUCCCUCCCCAAGUUCCCUUUACAAAUGGAUCAAGGAAAACAUAGACUCAUCUGCAUUCACUUCCCAUACCUUUAUUUUUGGCCUUGUCUCAGCCAUUGUGAAGUUCAUCGCCAAGGAGGGAGGCUUACUGCUGCGCUGGUUUGUAAACUUAUAUAACUUGGAGAUCGUUGAGGAAGAUGCUUUCAUGCGCUGGAAGGAAGAUAUGCCAACCCAGGAGUUUCCUGGAAAGGGAAAAGCUCUCUUCCAGGAUUUUAGGCUUCCAAUGGCUGGGUCCACUGCUCUUGUCCCAUUGCUGUAUCAGCACAUAGUAAAUCUGAGCAAGGCAGAUAGUAGGAGCAUGAGAUAUGCUGAAAGAACAUGGUGCACCCUGGCUUACAUCAUCAAUUGGGUUCGCAACAGCGAGAGCUCAAUAUCCAAGCUUCCCCGUUUUGGGGCGUUAGAAGAUAAUGGGUGA